UCACAUGUGAAGUUGUUCACAAAAUCAGAAAGGUUAUUUAGUGCAAACCAUGUCCUAGUCCCAACACUCUAAACUACAUGCUUUGUUUUUGCUCAUUGUGAAAAAUAAAACUUCCAUUCAAGUAAGCAUCAAGAUGAAGGUUGAAGCAAGGUCACAUGUUCAUCAUGCACAUGGGGAAGAAGAGAAGGUGAUGACAAGGAAGCAGAAAGCAGAGUCCAAAGCACAUGAAGUAGAGCAUUCACCUAAAAAAGCUAAGGUGGAAAAUGAAGAUGGUCACACCAAUGGAAAAUCUGAAGCUAAUGUUGUAGAAGAAUAUGAUGAGUUUUGUAAGGUUACAAAUGAGAAAUUAUCUUUGGAACAAAUGAGAGAGAUUCUUGAGGCUAAUGGUCUUGAUUCUUCUGGCACUGAACCGGAAAUUACUAGAAGAUGCCAAGACUUGCUAUUUUUUGGUGCAUUAGAGAAAUGCUUGGUUUGCAAUGGAAAUUUGGAGUUUGAUGGAAGACGUUAUGCUUGCAGAGGGUUCUAUAGUGAGUGGUCUAGUUGCAAUUUCAGCACCAGGGACCCUCCAAGGAAAGAGGAACCCAUAAAGCUACCAGAUUCUGUUCAGGACUCUCCAGUUUCAGAUUUGCUGAAGAAAUAUCAGGACCCAAGUCAUAGGCCUCAAAGGGAUUUAGGCUUAGCUACAAAGCCUUUUACUGGAAUGAUGAUUUCUUUGAUGGGUCGUCUUAAUCGGACACAUCAAUAUUGGAAAAAAACCAUUGAAAAGCAUGGGGGAAAGGUGGCAAACUCUAUUAUUGGUGCAACUUGUUUGGUGGCUUCACCUGCUGAGCGAGAACGUGGUGGAACAUCCAAACUUGCAGAAGCCAUGGAAAAGGGCAUACCUGUGGUUAGGGAGGCUUGGUUAACAGACAGCAUUGAAAAGCAAGAACCGCAACCUUUGGAAGCUUAUGAUCUUGUAUCUGAUCUUUCUGUGGCUGGCAAGGGAAUCCCUUGGGACAAACAAGAUCCUGGGGAGGAGGCUAUUGAAUCACUCUCAGCAGAACUCAAGCUUUAUGGGAAGAGAGGGAUCUACAAAGAUACCAAAUUGCAGGAGCAAGAUGGAAAGAUAUUUGAAAAAGAUGGGAUACUGUACAACUGUGCCUUCUCUGUUUGUGACCAAGGGAGAAGACUUAAUGACUAUUGUGUCAUGCAACUGAUUACCCAAGAGAAUCGUUUGCAUAUGUAUUUCAAGAAAGGAAGAGUGGGGGAUGAUCCAAAUGCAGAGGAGCGAUUAGAAGAAUUUGAGAACGUGGACAAUGCUAUCAAAGAGUUUGUGAGGCUCUUUGAGGAAAUAACAGGAAAUGAGUUUGAAUCAUGGGAAAGAGAGAAGAAGUUUCAGAAGAAGCCAUUGAAAUUUUACCCUAUUGACAUGGAUGAUGGAGUUGAAGUUAGACACGGCGCGCUAGGUCUUCGGCAGCUGGGGAUAGCAGUGACACACUGUAAGCUUGAGCCUCAAGUUGCAAAUUUUAUGAAGAUUUUGUGUAGCCAAGAGAUCUAUAAGUAUGCAUUGAUGGAGAUGGGUUAUGACUCUCCAGACCUUCCAAUAGGAAUGGUUACAGAUCUUCACCUGAAAAGAUGUGAGGAAGUUCUAUUGGAAUUCAUAGAGAAAGUGAAAUCAUUGAAAGAGACAGGGCCUAAGACUGAUGCUAUUUGGUCUGAUUUUAGCCAGAGAUGGUUCACUUUGAUGCACUCCACAAGACCUUUUAUUUUUAGAGAUUAUCAAGAAAUUGCAGAUCAUGCUGCUGCAGCUCUUGAGGGUGUUAGAGAUAUAACCCUUGCUUCUCACCUCAUAGGAGAUAUGAGUGGCUCUACUAUUGAUGAUCCAUUAUCAGACACAUAUAAGAAAUUGGGUUGCUCAAUUUCUCCCCUGGAGAAAGAUUCAAAUGAUUAUGAGAUGAUUGUGAAAUACCUCGAAAAAACUUACGAACCUGUCAAAGUUGGUGACAUUGAAUAUGGGGUGUCAGUUGAAAACAUCUUCACUGUAGAAUCUAGUGCUUGCCCUUCUUAUGAAGACAUAGUAAAGCUGCCAAACAAGGUUCUGCUAUGGUGUGGAUCAAGAAGCUCAAAUCUUUUGAGGCACUUACACAAGGGGUUCUUGCCAGCUAUAUGUUCACUACCGGUUCCAGGUUACAUGUUUGGCAAAGCCAUUGUUUGCUCCGAUGCUGCAGCAGAGGCUGCAAGAUAUGGUUUUACUGCUGUGGACAGACCAGAAGGGUUCUUGGUUUUGGCCAUUGCUUCACUAGGAAAUGAGAUUACCGAGUUGAAAAGCCCACCAGAGGAUACAACAUCUUUGGAGGAUAAGAAGAAUGGAGUGAAGGGGCUUGGAAAGAAGAAAACAGAUGAAUCAGAGCAUUUUGUUUGGAAAGAUGACAUAAAAGUUCCUUGUGGUCGAAUAAUUGCAUCAGAAGAUGAAGAUAGCCCCUUGGAAUACAAUGAGUAUGCUGUUUAUGAUCCUAAGCAGGUACGCAUAAGCUAUUUGGUGGGGGUGAAGUAUGAAGAGAAGGACACGGUGAUUGACACGGCAGAGUGAAAGGCACAACAAAAUGAAAUGAUCAAGGGAAAGCUUUUGUAAUGCAUAAGUAUGUGACUCAAGACCAUCUUGUUUGAAGCUGUUGGUAUUUCAAGCUCAACAGAUGGUUUCUGUAGGAAGAUCUGUGUCAUUUUGAUGUAAAUAAGUAAAUUAUAUAACAGCAGAAAUAUGUCUUUUGUCGUGUCAUGUUUAGAUGUACCUGUGUAUGUAUAGGUCUAUGGACACUAACUUAAGAGUACAUGUUUUGUCCUACUUAUAUGUAUUAAGCAACAUAGUGCAACUACUUUAACACUAAUGUAAGUUCUAUUUGACCCUUGAUCAAAGUGAAUGAAAAUGUGAGUGGAAGAAAUGGUUCCAGUAAUUUGUGUC